CACAUUUACAAUGCGCUACCACUCUAUCUUCUCUCACUGAUAUAACUCCCUCUCUUCUUCAUCUUUUCUCGUUGAUAGAUUGGUGUUAAGGUAAGGAAGAAGACAUGGGAAGGCUAUCCUUGGUUAGUCUUGAAGGGAACUUCUAUAGCUGCAAGCACUGCCAAACGCAUUUUGCCCUUGCUGAUGAUAUCAUUUCCAAGUCUUUCCAAUGCAGGCAUGGGAAAGCUUAUCUCUUUGAUAAAGUUGUAAAUGUUACCGUUGGAGAGAAAGAAGAACGAAAUCUGAUUACUGGAGUGCACACUGUUGUUGACAUAUUCUGUGUUGCAUGUGGAUCCAUUGUUGGAUGGAAAUAUGAGUCUGCUUGUGAGAAAGCUCAGCAGUACAAAGAAGGAAAGUUUAUCCUUGAAAGGUUUAAGGUGUUGGGACCUGAUGGCAGCCUCUACAUGGAACCUCAAGAACCAAAUGCUGCUGGAAGUGAUAUUGAUGAUGUUUGAUUUGAUCAUUUAGGAUCUAAUCUCAUUUUGAAACUGUACAUUCUCUAUGCUUCUUCCUGUUAAAAUAUGUUAUACCUCAGCUAUUAGUAUACACUUACAAUGCACUAAAGGUUACAAUAUUUCCCUUACCCUUAAUUCAAAAUCAACUAGGC